GACUCUGCUCUCAUCAGGUCCGGGCUGGGGGCCUCAGCGUUCACACAGUGUGGUUAAUGAUUGAGGGGUGGGGUGGGGGGGUGUCACUCAUUGACCGCAGGAACUUUUACACCCACAGACAGAAUUAGGGUGGCGGGACUUCACUGUCACUCCACUGGGACUCUACUGGGUUCGACUCAGAGGACGUUGAAGGAGACUUUUAAUCUGCUGGAGACAAUCUGAACGUCUUCCUUUCCUUCUUCUGUCCUUCUGCCUCCCAGCUUCACCUGGCCGAUCUCCACCCCUCAUUGGGGGAGGGCUGAGUGCCCCUGGAUACCUGAUCACCUGCGGUCCAGGCCACACUUUUACCUUUGUUUCUGCUGUUGUGAAGCAGCUGACUGCUUCAGGUUUGCACCAGAAGCUCCAGGAUCAGCCACCGUGGUGAAGCUGCAGCGAUGGCUGCUGGAAAGCAGCGGGACAGCCGGGGGGUGCCGCCGGAUGGCGGGUGGGGGUGGGUGAUUGUUGGAUGCUGCUUCAUGGUGACGGUGUGCACGCGUGCAGUGACCAGGUGUGUCUCCAUCUUCUUCGUGGAGUUCCAGGCGCACUUCGGGGCCGACUACGCCGCCACCGCCUGGACCCACAGCCUGCUGGACUGCAGCACCAUGCUGUGUGCUCCCGUCGGCAGCCUGGUGGGGAGCCGCUACUCCUGCCGGGCGGCGGUGGUGGCGGGGGGCCUUCUGGCCUCCUGCGGCCUCCUGCUCAGCUCCUUCGCCACCAGCCUGGAGAUGCUUUACUUCAGCGCCGGGAUCCUGACAGGUCUGGGCUUCGCCCUCUGCUACACCCCCGCCAUCGCCCUGGUGGGCUGUUACUUCCAGCGGAGGAAGGCGCUGGCGUACGGUGUCGCCAUGUCGGGCAGCGGGAUCGGGACCUUCGUGCUGGCUCCGGUGGUGCAGAUGCUCAUCGAGUUGUACUCGUGGAGGGGGGCGCUGCUCGUCCUCAGCGCCUUCGUUGCAAACCUGUGCGUCUGUGGAGCGCUGCUCCGACCAAUAGCGCUGCAGGAGGAGCAGUGUGACUCACCUGUGCGUUCUGGUGCAGGUGACAUCUCACAGCAGGACGUGGAGAAACCUCCCAGAGAGUCUGUGGACCUCCUAGCUCCGCCUCCUCCACCUGAAAGCUCCGCCCCCAGGCUGAGGAGGAUGCGGCGCCUCCUGUCCCGUGGGGAGUACCGCUUCCUGCUGCUGCCUGACUUUCUGGGUCUGGCUGUGUCCUUCCUGUUUCUGGCCAGCGGCUGCAGCCUCCCCUUCGUUUACCUGGUGCCCUACGCCCUGAGUGCCGGCAUCAGCCACCAGCACGCCGCCUUCCUCAUGUCCAUCCUGGGGGUCAUCGACAUCGUGGGGAACAUCACCUUCGGCUGGCUGACGGACAGAAGGUGUUUGAAGCCGUACCGCCUGGCCUGUUAUGUCUUCUCGGUCGGGAUGGAGGGUCUCUGCUGCCUCUUCACGCCAUUACUUCGUUCCUUCCCGCUCCUCGUGCCCUUUGCCGUGCUCUACGGCUACUUCGACGGCGCCUACGUGGCUCUGAUCCCAGUGGUGACGUCUGAUGUGGUCGGAACUACGUGUCUGUCCUCAGCUCUGGGCGUUGUCUACUUCCUCCACGCCAUACCUUACCUGGUCAGCCCGCCCAUUGGAGCGGGGCUGAAACCGCUGCUGAUUGGUGGAGAGCGUGAUGUCACUGCUGAUGUCAGAGUGAUGCUGAUGUUUCUUAACCCUGAAAUAAACAGCGAGGACAACUUUGCUCCGCCCUCCUCCACCCAGCAGGUCAGCCAGCGCAAGGAGAAGCUGCUGGUGUCAGACCUUGAGCUGAGGAAUCAGCAGCUUCAUCCUGAUUCUGCGGCUCGAGUCCUCGCUGCCAGCAGAGGUGACGUCAUUGAAGGAGCCCCAGGUGGCUCAGGUAAGACCUGA